UAGCUGCAUGCUUUAAAUUAUUUAGCCCGCGUACGCGCAGUGCGUGAUUGUCGUCCCUCGCGGUUUGCAACCAGGUGAGCCAAAGACAAUCCCCCUAUCCCUUCGGAAGUCUCCCGUCGGACUAUCCUGAUCCUGAGAUUACCCUCGACAGACACAAUGGGUGUUCUGCUUGUCUGCCUAUGCCUCAUAGCCAUGUUCGCGCCGUGUCCCUGCAAAACUGAUAGCUGGUCCUGGAAGGACUGCUCUGGGAAAGACGAUACAAUGAAGAUACUCAAAGUUAGUCUCUCCAAGAACACUGGGGAUUUCAAUGUUUCAUACAGUCUUGAAAAAAGGGUUGUUAAUGGAAAUGUCUCAGUCAACGUUACAUAUGGCGUUGUGCCAUCAUAUUUCAACACAAUUUCUCUCUGCAAAAUAUUCAAGUGCCCAGUGGAGAAAGGAAACGGGACAUUUGCUCUCUCUAAUCCUAUUGAGCCGUACUUCCAUCCGGGAGACUACACACUCUAUGCUGUCGUGAGAAACAUGGAAAAUGCAGAGUUGGCCUGUAUCAAAGUUGAAGUAAUAAAGAAAUCCCUUUGAUUUGCCAGUUAUUUUGGAUUCUUUAGUGUAAUACGAGAGACCUUGGACCAGACUAACUGUGUGUUAUUCAUUUCACCAUGGAUUGAGUACUGCCUGUAUUAUUGCCGAGCACAUAAAAUUGCGAAGUUGCAGAGUUGGCCUGUAUCAAGGUUGAAGUAAUAAAGAAAUCCCUUUGAUUUGCCAGCUAUUUUGGAUUCUUUAGUGUAAUACGAGAGACCUUGGACCAGACUAACUGUGUGUUAUUCAUUUCACCAUGGAUUGAGUACUGCCUGUAUUAUUGCCAAGCACAUAAAAUUGUG